CUCGCUUCAUUCCUCGACUCGAAUUCUGUCAUUUAACCAGAGUAGAUCACAUAGGACAGUGAAAGCAAUCGAAUCGACUACUCAAUAAGACAUAUUUACAAAGAAUAACCAAGCAGAACUGGGGCUACAUACACUGAGAGUACAACUCAACAUCUCAGACAUUGAUUCCUCUAUUCGUUUCAAUGGACGCGGCUUGGCAUACUGCUCAGGCGCAGUCUCCAAGGCCUAAAGGAGAUUUUGUGUGGUCUGCAAAGCGGGUCUUCCGUGUGGCUCGUAUUGCAUCAUUAGUUGCAGUUUUUUUGGCAUGUGUAAUCUCUCCAAGCGUCAAUGUCCAUGCUGCGCCUACAGACCCCAUCGUCACUGAAAAUAAGUUUGAUAACGCACCACGGAAGGUCAACUAUUUUCAAAACUCACCAAUCAUUCUCUAUCAGGACGCCGCCCGUAACGUCUUUCGAUCACCGGAUGAAGGAAAGACCUGGAAUAGAAUUCAGGAUGUGCCUGAGGGAGUUGCUUCUUCCUUGAUUAUGCACCCAUUUGAUCCUAAAACGGCUUACAUUAUCACGCAGGGAAAGACCCAGUACAAAACUACAGAUCAGGGUCAGUCCUGGAAAACAUUUCAAACAGAGUAUAUCCCUAUUGAAGACCAUUUCGUACUGUCCUUUCAUGCCAAGCGGCCAAAUUGGGUCCUGAUUCUUCUAAAGCCUUGUGAUGAUCGUGGCCAUUGCCAUCAGGAGUCAUUUUACACCAAGGAUGGGUUCGACACAGCCCCCAAGAAGCUCUUGGCAUUUACGCACAAGUGUGAAUGGGCAGUUUCAAGCCCUAACUUUGAUGAGGCACCAACGGAACUUAUCCACUGUUUGGAUUACAAAGCUCUCCGAGCGGAUGGAUCCAUUGGGUUUGAGGAUGCAAAGCUAGUCAAGAGUCAGGAUUACUUCGAGACUAAAGAAACUAUCGUUUUUAGCACGAGUGACCGCGCUGCGGUUGUCAACUUUGUUACAAAAGAGUCAUUUAUGCUGGUGGCUGAAAAACAUCUCACUACAGGCGAUAUGUCACUCUGGGUAUCAAAUGAUGCAAAGACAUGGGCUAAAGCCAACUUCCCGGCGCCUUCUAAUCUCCGUCAGGACUCAUAUACAAUACUAGAGUCGACUCCGUACAGUUUGAUUGUAGAUGUUAAGACCUCGCCAGGGGAUUCAUAUGGAAAUCUAAUGUUGAGCAACUCAAACGGUACGUAUUUUGUUCGUUCGAAGCAAUAUACAAACCGCAGAUACGACGAUACGGUCGACUUUGAGAAAAUCCAAAAUAUCGAUGGCGUUUACAUCAUCAAUAUCGUCGACAACUAUGCAUCAUCUCCAAGGGAUGAUGAAGAGAAGCGCCUUCGCACACAGAUCUCAUUUGAGGCGGGUGCGAGCUGGCAGUACAUUUUACCACCAGACACUAGGGCCGAUGGAAGAAGAAACGCUUGCACUCCUAACACGGAUGGCUCAUGUAGCCUACACCUUCACUCAGUUACAUCCGCUAGAGUAGCUCCUCCUGUUUACAGUUCUAAAGCUGCUCCAGGUGUGGUCAUGGGUGUUGGAAAUGUCGGAUCUUACCUACUUCCAUGGGAAGAGUGUGAUACCUACUUGUCGGAAGAUGGUGGUCUUACUUGGAAAGCUGUACUUGAACAUCCUCACAAAUACGAAUUUGGUGAUCAAGGGGGCUUGAUCGUUGCUGUGAGAGAUGACAACGUUCCAGUGAACUUUUUUCAGUACAGCGCAGACCGUGGCAAGACAUGGCACAAGUAUGAGCUUGAUGAUGAGAAUAUCCGCCCAGGGGCACUGGUUUCUGACCCAGAAUCGACAUCCCAAAAGUUCCUGCUCUUCGUUCGCCUUGGACUCAGGUUUAAUGCCUAUCAGCUCGAUCUCACGAACGUAUAUGGUCGCAAGUGUGAGCUUAAUGAAGACAAUAUGGACAGAUCUGAUUUUGAAAAAUGGUAUGCGCGUAAUCUCAGGAACAAUCCCGAUUGCCUUAUGGGCGUCAAAACGUGGUACUGGCGCAGGAAGGCCGAUGCGGAGUGCAUGGUUAAAGAGGACUUCACGAACCCCAAAAAGACGGACGAAAUUUGCCCCUGCACAGACGAGGACUUUGAAUGUGACUAUAAUUAUGUAUUGCAGGAUGGCAAGUGUGUGUUGAAAGGCAAAGAGGCUAUGCCAGAUGGCUCAUGUAAGAAGGAGGGCGAUACCUACCUUGGAUCAUCUGGUUAUCGCAAGAUCCCAGGCAACAGCUGCGAUUCUGAAAAGGGACUCAAGAAGGACGAACCUCAGAUGAAGACCUGCACCGCUGAGACCAUUCCAACAGAUAUUACGCACUCUAUCACUAAAUUUGACACAUCAUUGCUGGGCGGAUUUCAAUACUUCUUGAAAUCUUCUGUGAUCAUGGUUAUGACAGGAUCUCAACAGGUUUGGCGUAGUACCGACGAUGGCUCUACUUGGAAGCGUGUCUUGCCUGACGCUGGACGCUUUGUUCACAUUGCUAUCCAUGACGAGGACGAAAAGCGAGCGUAUCUCUUCACAAACGAACAUGUUUAUGUGACCCGCAAUCGAGGAGAGACUUUUGACAAACAUGAGCUGCCAGCGCCACCAAACAAGUUUAUGUUCCCGUUAAUUGAUUUUCAUCCAGACAGUGACAAAUAUGAUUGGAUGCUUUACCUUGGACAGAAGAAGGACGAAUGCUUUACUCGCCUUUAUCGCACUCAGAACGGUGGGGGUCAUUGGGCUGAGGUUGAUACAUGGGUUGAUAAAGCAGUAUAUGCGGCUCAUCGGAAAUUGGAUAUGCCUGAUCAUGGAAUCUUUAUGAUGGCCUGGAAAAAACCUAUGCCCGCAAACAUCUGUCAGGAUGAGGUCACGUCGACAGAGACACAUCCCCUCCAGAUGGUGUAUAAACGCGACACGGAUGUUCUGCAUCUUGUUCUUUUUGAUAAUGUCGUCCAAUUCUAUGUGGUCGAGCGUUUCCUGGCAGUUGCAGUGGAUGUCGGAAACGACUUUAUUCUGCAUGUGUCUCUUAAUGGUCAAGACUUUGCCCAGGCUGUUUUCCCACCAAAUAUUAGGGUAGACAAGAAUGGGUUCACUGUCUUGCAAUCCACCACAGGCAGUCUUGUUGUGGAUGUAGCAAAGUCGACUGUUGCCGGUAGAGAGCAUGGACGCUUGUUUAAAUCCAACAGCAAUGGAACCUAUUUCUCAUUGCAACUUGAUAAUACUAAUCGCAAUGAAGAACAACUUGUGGAUUGGGAGAAACUUGGUGGAAUUGAGGGUAUUAUUCUUGCUAACCAGGUGACCAAUACAGCUUCGUUAGCUAAAGAUGGGGAAAAACAUGUUCGUUCAUUGAUCUCAUUCAAUGAUGGCAGUACCUGGAACCCCAUCCAUGCACCCGUAGGCAGCAACUGCGAUAGCGAUGAAUGCUCAUUGCAUCUUCACAGUGUUACUGACUACGAUGGCCCUGGUGCUGUCUUUAGCGCCUCUUCAUCUGUCGGUCUGGUCAUGGGUAUUGGCAACGUUGGCUCACAUCUGGGACCUAUAGAGACAGCUCAGACCUACCUUAGUCGCAAUGCAGGCAGAACUUGGCAAAAAGUGAGUGACACACGUACUCUGUAUGAGUUUGGCGAUGAAGGCGGUGUUCUCGUUCUGGUCAAUCCUGCAGAGCCAACUCAGGAAGUGUCGUUCUCAUACGACUUUGGCACCACGUGGCAGAGGACCAUGUUUGCCGAUGAGCCUGUUUUGAUCCAGGCUGUGACCACGGAGCCGACUUCAACCACAUCCAAAAUUACCAUCAAAGGACUGUUCGCUGCUGGAAGUCAACAAGCUAUCGUGUCAACAUUGGACUUUAGCAACAGACGUCAAUGCGUUAUGGACAAGCGCAACCCAGAUAAGAGUGACUUUGAGAGGUGGUCGCCAUUUGAGGGUGAGGACGACCGCUGUAUCCUUGGCAAAGAACUUAUUUAUUGGCGUCGUAAGGCCGAUAAGAUCUGCCGUGUAAACGAUGACGAUGGAGUUCCAGACAUGGAGCAAACAAAUUGCAAAUGCACGGAACGCGAUUUUGAGUGUGAUAUCGGCUUCUUCAGAGAUGAUGCCGGGAAGUGUCAACGUUUUGGUCAUGAUCCUGAAAAGCCAAAGGUCUGUGAUGGCACCUAUAUGGGUAGGUCUGGGUUUAAGAAGAUCGAAGCUAGCGCUUGUGUGGAUGGUGUGGAUCUCGAGUCACAAAAAGUGGAGAGACAAUGUGGCCCCAAGCGAGCAGUUGAGAGUAAAAUGUCAAGGUUCAACAACCGAUACGAGUACAAUCAGGAUUCAGUCUUUUACUUCCCCAAGUCUGAUGUGGCCAUUCUCAAAUUGGAGACCCAUGUCUACAUUAGUCAGAACGAUGGAAAAGAUUGGGACGAGGUCGAAGUCGAUGGAAUUGUCACUGGGGUCCACCGUAACCCCUAUGAUGAUAUUCGGGCGAUCAUUGGGACCUCUGGCCGUAAGCACAAGUAUACUCAAGACAGAGGCCUCAACUGGGAUACGAUUGAAUUGCCACUACCCUCCGCAGCUAUAUCAUUCAUGCCCAAUCCAUGGUCGUUCCACCCAACCGAACCUGGAUGGAUGAUUUACUUGGGCGAAAUUGGUUGUAGUUACGAACGAGAAGAUCAUUGUCAUAUCGAAGCCUUCUAUACCAAGGACUUUGGCAAGAACUGGCGUCCGCUCGCAACCUGGGUCAGAUCAUGUGCUUGGGCACGAGACUCGAGCUUUAAGCAGGUCAACAAUGAGGGAAUCUACUGUGAACAAUACGAUGACAGAUCCGGAUCCCAAAAGACUCUAAUGAAUGCGAACACUCCUGUCAAGUUUGUUUACACGGACAACUACAUGAGGACGUCGCAAGUGCUCUUUAAUGCCAUUGUGGGAUAUGCAAUUUAUUCGGAUUAUCUCAUUGCAGCCGAGUACGUGCCGAGUCAACGCGCGCUGAGGGUUGCCAUAUCAACGGACGGUAUUAAAUUUACACAAGCCCACUACCCUUCCAACUUUGAUGUUGUUAAUCCUGCAUACACGGUCCUGGACUCAACUACACGGUCAGUAUUUAUGGCAAUUAACGUAAUCAACCGUCAAGGAUCUAAGGUUGGGAACCUAUUCACGUCCAAUUCCAAUGGCACCUAUUUUUCGUUAUCCAAGAAGUAUGUCAGUGAGUCUGACAUGGGCAACGUGGACUUUGAGAAGAUGCAGGGUGUGGAUGGUGUUGCACUCCUGAACGAAGUUAUUAACCCGAACGAAGCUAAUCAAGGGAAGAAGAAACAGCUUCGGUCGAUGAUUACAGUCGAUAAUGGAAAUACAUGGAAUCCCUUGAAAGCACCGGAGGUUGAUUCGGAUAAUCAGCGUUAUGACUGCGUGGGUACGGAUUGCAGCUUACAUUUGCACAAUUAUCUUGACAGGAAACAUUCCGAAGACAUGUUCAGCUCCCCUUCGAUGCCUGGUAUGGUCAUUGGUGUUGGAAACGUUGGUACUUCAUUGGGAGAGUAUGCUCAAGGCAGCACUUUCUUGACCCGAGAUGGAGGUUUUUCCUGGAGAGAAAUAUUGCAUGGACCACACCAAUAUGACUUUGGAGAUCAAGGAAGCAUCAUUUUGCUGGCCAAUGAUGAUGGACUCCCUACAGACCAUGUGAUCUAUUCCCUUGACCAUGGCAAAACCUUCCAACAGUUUGAGUUUUCAACGGAAAAAGUUAUUAUCCAAGACAUUAUGACCAAACCAGGUGGGAUUGGAAAGUCUUUCCUUUUGUUUGCCGUCCCCCGAGCAGGCGGAGCCAAUACUGCAAAGCAAUUGAUCUACCAGAUUGAUUUUGAGGGCCUAGACUUCCCUACUUGCCGACUGAAUUUGAAGGAUGAAGCAAAUGAUGACUUUGAGCGUUGGAGUCUUGCGGAUCUCCGUGGUGAGGAGUGCAUGUUUGGUCGCAAAGUUGAGUAUUUCCGCAGGAUUGAAGACCGCCAAUGUUUUGUAGGUGAGCUGGCUGUGAAUCCGCGGGAGAUUGUCAGCAAUUGUCAAUGCACAGCUAAAGACUUUGAGUGUGACUUUAACUAUGAACCCGACGAUUCUGGCAAGUGUCAGUUGAUCAAGGACGCAACGCCCGUUGUCCUGAACGAAAAAGAAAUCUGUGCAUCAUUACCAGAAGGCCAAGACUACUACUAUGAGUCCAUUGGAUACCGCAAGAUGGCCUUCUCAAGCUGUGUGGGUGACCAUGAGUUGUUUGGUCGCAAGAAAUACUGCCCUGGAAGGGGUGGUAUCGGAUUCUUUGGGUGGACUGGUAUCCUAUUAGCUUCAGGCGGUGGAGCUUAUGCCAUUCUCUUUUUCUUGAACCGGUAUAAGGGUUAUUUGACAGGAAGACGAGGCUCGCCUAUUCGACUCGGCAAUGAUAUCUAUGACCAGAUCCAUCUUCCUCGGUCAUCCUCUCUUCCGACCAUGAACAUGCCUUCAAUUCGUGUACCCCGGUCACUCUCAAGACUCCAUGUUCCAAGUGCUAUUUAUGAUACGUGGGAUAAGCUCACAGCGACAGUAGGGGCACUGAUGCCAAGACGCCUUCGUGGAUACUUUGGAGGCUUUGGCAGUGGUGGACGUGGCGGAUAUGGGUAUCAGAAUUUGAGCCAGGAACCUGGAGAGGUGAUCAUGGACGACUAUUUUGGUCACUAUAUGGAUGAUGAUGACGAUGAUGCUGCGGAGAAUACAAUGUUGGGAACUGGCGGUGGGGAUGAGCUCCAGGAUGCUCAAGAGCGGUAUCGAGAUAACUCUGACGAGGACGAUAAUGGCGAUGAAGACCUGAACAGUCUGGUGUGAAACAAAUUCGUUUUUAGGGUUGCUCUUCUUACUUGAGCGUUGUCGUAAUGACUGUAAAUACAUCAAAAGAUAAAGAUUCGUGU